UCCGCCGCCGAGCACUUUUUCUCCCCUUCCAACUCGGCAACUCUCAACUUUUCUUCCCCCUCCUGCUUUUUUACAACAUGGGAGGAAACAUCACGUAGCGGGCGCAGCAGGAGACGGAGCGCCUUUUGCCUUGGCAGCCUCUGCUUUGGGGGGCGGGCCGCCUCGGUCCUCCUCUGCCCCCUCCCUCCUCUUUUGGGCAAAGCAGAGGCACUUCUCCGGGGAAAAGAGAGAGAGAAAGAGAGAGGAGGGCUCGGGGCUUGGGCGCGCGAUGGCCAAGCGGGAGAGGGGCGCUUUCCUCCUCCUCCUCCUCUCCUUCACCAUCUUCUUCUCCUUCGCCGCGGGGCGCCUCUCGGGGCUGCUCACCUCCUGCUUCUAGCCGAGGCCGGAGAGCCAGGGAGGGAGCUGUCCUCCUCUCAGGGCGGCUGGGAGCCCCUCCGAGACCAGCCCCUGACAUGCCUCCGGGGGUGGCGGAAGGCAGUCCCCGUCGCGACCCGCCGCCCUCCCUGGAGCUGCCUGCGCGGAAGAGGCUUCUCCAGCCCACGCCGGAAGAGCGCUGCGCCAGCCGACCACCGCCCGAGGGAGCCGGAGCCGCCGCCGGGAUCGAGCCGGGACACUUGGAGAGAGCUGGCGGAGGAGGAGGAGGAGGAGGAUGGUGCCGGAGUUGCCAAGCCAAGCUGGCCGAGCUCCGGAGGCAAGCGCUGAAGCUGGCCGCCGGGCACAACUCCAUGGCCCCGCCGGAUCCACGAUUAUCAGCUUUAAUUUUUGACAAGCUUCAAGUGCCUGAAUAUUUACAGAAACCCAGGAGCGAAGGGGAGAGCAGGUGUGAUGUGUGUGCCGCCCACCUGAACCAGCUGAAGCAAGAAGCCAUCCAAGUCAUCCACAAGUUUGGCCAAGCCAACUGCCAAGAAGUGGUGGAUUCCACACAAAGUGCUGUGGCAAUGGCAGCUGUAUUGCCAAGGCUGACCUCCCAAAAUGUGGUCACUGUGUCUUCUCAGAGGGACUUGUCUCUUGUGGCUGGGCAGGUGGGGAGGCAGCCCGGCAAAGCCGCAAGCCUUUUCUCUGGGUCAGAGAAGAAGAAGGGUCUUGGCUGGCCUCAAGGUACCAGCGGAUUCCCCAACUCCAGUGUCCAAGUGACUGUGGCUCCCAGUGGCCUUAGUGGGGCCUUGAGUUCAGUAACCAUCCAAGCUCAGCAGUACCUUGAAGGAAUGUGGAGUAUCUCCAGAGUGAACAGCUUUCUUCCUCAAUCUUGUCUAGAAGCAACAACUGGAGAGUGUGGAAAGGAAAGCUCUAAUGUUCAAGUUUCCUCAGGACAGAACAACUGUGGCCCAACAGGGGCUGGAAACUCCCAGAGUUUGGUCACUCCUGCCGGCGUCUCUGCAGGUACUUCAGCAGCAGCAUCGUUCUUCAUAAGGGCCGCCCAGAAACUUAAUCUGUCCUCGAAGAGAAAGAAGCAUCACACGUCUCUGCUGCACCCCCAUGACUUCUCCAUCUAUGCCACGAAUUUUAGUGGCAUCCUGCAGCUGUGUCCUCCUCCAGCACCACCAUGCCUUUUGAGAGCCGUGUCAAAAGUCAAAGACAACCCAGGGAUUGGAAAGGUAAAAGUGAUGGUGAGAAUCUGUCCAUCAGAAGGAACACAUGACACGUCGGAAUCCAUGUCCUUUUUGAAAGUAGAUCCACGAAAAAAGCAGAUUACUCUUUACGACCCAUCUACGAAUGGUCCUUCCAAUGCAGGUCACCGAAGAGGAGCUGUGGCGGUCCCAAAGAUGUUUGCCUUUGAUGCGGUAUUCCCCCAGGAUGCGUCUCAGGCUGAGGUGUGCUCUGGAACGGUAGCAGAAGUAAUCCAGUCUGUCGUGAACGGUGCAGAUGGUUGCAUCUUUUGCUUUGGCCAUGUCAAGCUUGGCAAAUCGUAUACAAUGUUUGGAAGAGAUAGCUCCACACAGAGCCUCGGGAUUGUUCCCUGCGCUAUCUCAUGGCUCUUCAAGCUCAUCAACGAACGCAAGGAGAAGACUGGGACACGUUUCUCAAUUCGAGUGUCUGCUGUGGAGAUCAGUGGCAAAGAUGAAAAUCUGCAGGAUUUGUUAGCUGAAGUAGCCACUGGCAGCCUUCAAGACGGGCAGUCUCCAGGGGUUUAUCUCCGAGAGGAUCCGAUAUGUGGGACGCAGCUUCAAAAUCAAAGUGAAUUAAGGGCCCCAACUGCAGAGAAAGCUGCCUUCUUCCUUGAUGCCGCCUUGGCAGCCAGGAGUACUAGCAAACAAGGGUGUGAUGAAGAGGAUCGGAGGAAUUCCCACAUGUUCUUUACCCUCCAUGUAUAUCAAUACCGAAUGGAGAAGAGUGGCAAAGGAGGAAUGUCUGGUGGACGCAGCCGUUUACAUCUCAUUGACUUGGGAAGUUGUGAGAAGGUGUUAAGCAAAAUCCGAGAUGGAGCAGGUCCCCUUUGCCUUUCCCUGUCUGCCUUGGGCAGUGUCAUUCUGGCCUUAAUCAACGGUGCCAAGCAUGUCCCAUACAAGGACAACAAACUGACAAUGCUGCUGAGAGAAUCGCUUGGGAACAUCAACUGCAGAACAACCAUGCUAGCUCACAUAUCAGAUUCCCCAGCAAAUUAUGCAGAAAGUCUCAUGACAAUUCAGCUCGCCUCUCGUAUUCACAGGAUGAGGAAGAAGAAAUCCAAGUAUGCAUCCAGCUCAUCUGGAGGAGAAAGCUCAUGUGAAGAGGGCCACAUUCGAAGACCUCCUCAUUUGAGACCAUUUCAUCCGAGGACCAUGGCUCUUGAUCCCGAUAUUCCUAUACUGAGCCUUUCCAGUGAGCCUGACUAUUCUUCAAGCAGUGAACAGUCCUGUGACACUGUCAUCUAUGUGGGUCCCAAUGGUACAGCAUUGUCAGACCGGGAGCUGACAGAUAAUGAAGGCCCUCCAGAGUUUGUGCCCAUAAUUCCUUCCUUGAACAAGAAGAAAUGCAAAGAGAAUACAGGUCUUCUAAGAAGCUCUGACAAAGACCAUUUUAAGUGCAACACUUUUGCAGAGUUGCAGGAGAGGCUGGAGUGUAUCGAUGGAAGUGAGGAGCCUGUUAUGUUUCCUGGCGGAGAGGUCUCCCCUUCAUCUUCUAAUGGCACAGUCCCAUUAAGUGCAGAAAAUGGACAGUCUAAACCAAAACUAUCCCCUCCUCCUGGGGGAACAAAAACAUCAACAGUGCCGGAAACUGGGUCUCCAAAGAAGGGGCACAACCUUUAUGUCCAGCGCAAUGGUGCUUGCCUUGAGAAGAUCCCUCCCUUAAAAUCUGACCAUGUAAAACCACAAGCCAAGCCAGAAGGCAAGAGAGCAGACUCAGAUGAAGAGAAGGAAGUGGCUACUGAAUCUAACCAGUUAUCAAAAUGUAAUGGUAUUAAGGGUCAAGAGUCCAACCAAGUUGUUGAACCAGUUGUAAAAGAAAAAUCUUCAUACAUGAAGAGACCUUUGCCCAGCCCUGCACCUCCACCCCCACAUCAACAGGCGUCUCCAUUGAAGAGCAACCCAACUUACCAGAAGUUUGACCACAGCAAUGCAAUCAGGACUCCCCCUGUAGGCAUGAGCAAGCAAGUGGCAAGUGAAUUGGAACCUAAUACUGAAGGAAACAAGUUUUCAGGAACCAGCAACACAGAGUAUCAAGGAGAUGGGAUUGAGGUGCAUAGGUUCCAAUCUUCUUUUCGAGGCAAAUGCUUUGACCGGGACAUACUGACAACGACGGUGACAUUGCAGCAGCCUGUGGAGCUUAAUGGGGAGGAUGAACUUGUCUUUACGGUGGUGGAGGAACUCUCCAUUAGUGGCAUCUUGGAUAAUGGAAGGCCUUCCAGUAUCAUCAGCUUUAACAGUGAUUGUUCUCUGCAGGCCCUUGCAUCUGGCUCCAGGCCAGUUAGCAUCAUCAGCAGUAUAAAUGAUGAGUUUGAUGCUUACACUUCACAAGUUGCUGCCACUGGUGUCAACAUUGACAUCGUUGUGCCCUUUGCUGAAGGACCAUUCUCCAGCAGCAGCAGACGAUCCUCCAUCAGCUCAUGGCUAAGUGAAGUCAGCAUCUGUACAAUUGAAAGUGAGGGGAGACAGGUCAGUGAUGGGUUCCUGGCACAAUCCUCUUAUAGCUGUAGCAAGUCUGUGGAACCCUUUAACUUGGGUUCCCCUAAUGCCCCUCUUCCAUUGAAAGCCACUCUAAAUGAUAGUGGCUUUUGUUUUUCAGAGCUGGACAGUGGGAGCAUAAAUUCAAGCAAAGCAUCAUCAGGGGCCAACAGUAACUCUCAAAACUCUGAUUUAACCAAAGCAUCUCAGGCUCUUUGUAUCACCGAACAAUCAGCGAAAAUUAGGCCUUCUAACUCUCAAAACACACCAGUGAUUGAAACAAUACAUUCCAGUCUUCCCCGAAGAACAAAGACUACCUCAUCUUCAACCCACAACAAUAGCACCCUCAACAAUUACAAGGAACUGCAGAAGUCACAUGUGAUGUUUGAAGACCCCUGGUUGCUUCGUACAGAAGCAAAUGCUGCAGAUCCUUUGUCAUCUACAAAUAUGCACAUGUCCAGUACUGAAAAACAGUCGGCGAAGUCCACUCAACAAUUUGGUGACUUGGUUAGACCAGCAAAAUCCCAAACCAUGUUAGCAUGCUCACAGCGGGUAGUUGAUGGGUGUGAAAUGGCCAGCAAAUCUUCCAAUGGAACAGCUAAAAAAUCGGAACCUCUCACAAAAAUGCCACAACUCAGAAGAGGAGCCACUACACUUGGUGUGGUUCCUGUGUCCCAUAACAACAGUGUAACAGCUGACAGUGCGAGCAGGGGGAGCUCUGAAGCUGGAUUUGCUACUAGCAGCCUGAAAAGGAAGGUACAGCAAAAAGCUAGCUUGUUACCAAGGCCCAAUGGGAUAGUGCCUCCAAUGCCUCCUGUACGUAAGUCAAGCCUUGAGCAGAAAAAUGGUGGCAUAACCAGUGGAGGUGGUAAAGCUGUGGGACUGGACCCUGCUAGGGCCUUUACAGCAAAACAUGAGGAUGAGGUUGAUUUGCGAUUGAGAGCUGGGUCAUGCACCAGUGAAAAUGUUAAUAGCAGAUGCAACCUCAAAGGAGACCAUUCUUUGCCCAAAGCAACCUCAAGUUUAAAGUCAAAGGCAUCAAAAAGUGAAGCCAUUCACCGCUAUGGGAGCCACAUGUCUCUUGAAAGAUGUGACAGCUUGACAUCUGUUGGAUCCAAAGUUAAUCCAAAUAAGGAAAAUGGUGGUGGCAGCAUUAACAAUGGCAGAAAUGGUCGAUUGGUCCCCAGGCUGGGAGUUCCCCAUGUUGCUUCUGGUCUGACAUCACCUCCAUCAUACACCACACCUUUACCCUGCAAAAACAGUCAAGCAAAAAGUGUGGCAAGUCAGAAGGGUGUAGCCAGUGGGAAUAAGAACCGCGGCCUUUCAGCCAGUGGAUCGAAGUCUCUGAGCUCCUCUGUGAAAUCAUUAGCACAACCUGCUGGGAAGGCUUCGAAUGUUCAGUUGAGUGGGAAAACAGCCCCAAGGUCCAUGCAAGGUGUAACUGGCAAGCCUGGUCGGGGGACCAUAAUGGGAACCAAACAGGCCAUUAGGGCAGCCAACACUCGUGUCAAUGAACUGGCAUCAGGGAGUUCAGCCAAGAUGAGUCACUUCCGAGGCUCAACAGACUCUGAUAGUGGCAAUGACAGUGGAAUUAAUCUUAGUGAUGAGAAGUCACAAGUCCUGAUGCUUCCUUCUCCAUACAGCAAGAUAACUGCCCCAAGGAGGCCUCAGCGCUACAGCAGUGGCCAUGGGAGUGAUAAUAGCAGUGUCCUAAGUGGGGAGCUACCACCAGCAAUGGGUAGGACAGCUCUCUUCUACCAUAGUGGUGGAAGCAGUGGCUAUGAGAGUAUGAUUCGUGACAGUGAAGCCACUGGCAGUGCAUCCUCGGCUCAUGAUUCCAUGAGUGAGAGUGGCAUGUCCUCACCUGGUCGCAUGAGAAGCUUGAGAUCCCCCAAGAAAAGAUCAACAGGUUUCCAGCGGCGACGAUUGAUCCCGGCUCCUCUUCCUGAGUCCACAUCCCUGGGAAGAAAGCAGAAUGUCGCUGCUCAGUGGGUUGAUCUACCACCUUUGCCGGGCACUUUGAAAGAGCCGUUUGAAAUUAAAGUUUAUGAGAUUGAUGAUGUGGAACGAUUACAGCGACACAGACAAGAGGAAAGUGAGCAGCCUUUCCAGGAUGUUGAAAAGGGCCUGAUAUAUUUUAAUACAAAACUGAAAAUCCUGGAAAGGCGUCACCAGAGGAUUAAAGAAGUGAAAGCAAAGCAUGAGCUCUUGAAAGAUGAGUUGGAAGAAACAAAGUGUAGGUUGAUGUUGGAUCCAAGCAAGUGGAAAGGAGAGUUUGAGGUUGACCCUGAUCUUGAUAAGGAGUCGCAAGAUUAUCUGGAGGCACUGGAACAAGUGACUGACGAACUGGAGCAGUGUGUGAAUCUGUGCAAGUCACAUGUCAUGAUUGUUACCUGCUUCGAUAUUGGAGUAAUCUGUGAUGCCCAGGAUGUAGUACGUGAAGUGGAAGUGUGAAGGUUUGCAAAAGGACUCAAGGAGGUGGAGCCCAGCUGUCAAAAGAUGAGGGGAAGAAAUAUGUGUGUUGGAAAGCAGAGGUGGAAACAUGAAGAUUUAACGUGAUGAAGAAUGUUGACAAAGCCUGAAGCUGUCGAGGAAUCAGAAUGUUCUAAACCUUUGUGGUGCCUCAGCAACCUAUGAAUUGUACAAAGUUCAACCUGAGAUUUCUAAUGGAUGGAAGCAGAAGAACAAAACAAACCCUAUCAAGAACCAACUCUGUCUGAAAAGCAGAAGUGCCUUUACCACUUAUUUGUGACUCGUUUCCUUGAUUUUGUAUUUGUUGCUAGAAUUGAAACCAGCAAACUUAAACAGACCAUAAAAUGUAUUCCUUUGAAAGAUUUUAUACUGUAUAGUGUAAUUUAUGACUAUAUGUAAAAAAAAUACAAAAAUGGAAAUUGUAGCAAAAGCAAUAAGUAAAUUAUGUUUUCAUACCUGAAUUUGCCUCCUUGUUUAACGGAAAAGCUGGUUUUAUGUAGCAGAACAGGAAAAAAUAAAUAAAUUGUAUUAUAAUUGCUUUUUCAUGGUUUAGGAUUUGAGAUAUUUUUAUGAACAUUUAUCUAUUGGAAAGGUGUAUUAUGAAAUUUCAGAAUGCUUGGUUUGUAUUAAUUUUUUAUAUGCUUCCUUUUUCAGACCAUGUUUUUCCAUGUUUUCUACAAAAUAUUAGGGCUGUAAUGUUUGAUUAAUUAAUCAGUAAGGUUAAUUGAUUGAAACAACUGUACAACUGCUUUAAAAGGUGCCUCUUGAUUUACUGAAUAGCAGAUUUUUCAAAUGUUGUUUACACUUAUUUUUAAUACAAGUAUUUAACAGAACUGGAGGGUGGCAGGCAUUGUCACCAAAGAAGCAUUCCAGGUUAUGUCUUUCUUGCAUUUACAGGAAUGCCUUUUUCAAGAUGGCGCUGACUGCAAUGUAUGCAUUCAUUAUUUUAAAAAUGAAAAUAGUAUGCUUUUUUCCUUGAGGGCUAAUGUUUUUGUUUGUUUACAAAUCUAUGCUUUUAAAAAACCAUUUAAUUACUUGAUUAAUCAGAUAAAACUUCUACCCUAAACUGAUCAAGAUUUCUUUAAUCAGGCGAGAGUCCUACUAAAUUAGUCCCACACCUAUUUCUGUGGGCCAUAUUCCUGAAACUCCUUAUUCUGAUUUGGAGUGGAUAACUUGGGGGUAUAAAAUGGCAGUGCUGUCUUCAUAAAUGGAGGCUGUGGCUUCUUAUUGCCACAAUAUAAGUUGCCACACUUCCAAAAUCUCACAGUAUAGCAGUGCUGGGCAAACAAGCCACAAUUUAGCUUCAAAACAAGGUGCAGGUAAAAAUGCUCAUAUUGUUUUGAAGCCAAAUCUUGUUUCCAGGAUCACUUUGAAGUCUGAAUAAGAGAUGUACACUGUCUGCCACCUUCUUUUGAAAUAUAAUAGCAUUUUUUUCCUUCAGUGCCAAAAUUCAGAAGCACAAGUUUGAGGGCAUUGGGGACCAUUUUUUUUUAAAAAAAAACCCCACAGUAGGACUCCAUGCAACCCAUGGGCCAUCUGUCAUCUACCCAUGCUCUAGGUCAGUGAUUCCCAACCUUUGGUCAUCCAGAUGUUUUGGACUUUGGCUCCCACAAAUCCUAACAACUGGUAAGCUGGCUAGGAUUUCUGAGAGUUGAAGUCCAAAACAACUGAAGAACCAAAGAUUGGGAACCACUGCUAUAGGUAAAUGGAACUCCACUUCAACUAGUAUGAAAGCUAAAGGAGAUUAACCAAGAGUGGGAAGUGAGAACACUGGUUGCAGGAAAUGACCUAUACAUUGAGAGGGAACUCUUUGUCCCAUAGAUUUCAAGUGAGAACAUUGGUUGCAAGAAGCAACCUAUACAUCAGAGGUGGGGGGUGGACUCUAUAGCCCAUAGAUUUAAUGUGGCCUUGGGAGGGUCCAACCAGGCCUCUCCAAACUCUAACAUUUGUGUUUUUGUUUUGCCUGAAUAGAUUCCAGGAGCCCUGAUUUAAUCCUUAUUUAUAAAUGGGGCAUCACCUCAUCCCAAAACAAACAAUAAACAAAAGUGAUUCCUGGUCCGCAGUAGAUACAUUCCUGUGGCCUACUGGGGAGGAGCAAAAAUGGUUCUCCAACCCUCAGCCAUAGUUUACGUUACAAUGCAUGAAGAUGCCUGAAUGAAACUGCUUUGAGAGGGAUAUCCAGAACAGAAGCACUGACAGAGAAAAUGUUGGAGCAUUUCCUACAUUUUUUCAUGACAAUUAUUUCUUCAGUUGCUCCCUUCCGGAGGUGUUCAGAUGUAUGUUUGAUAUAGUCAACACAUCUGGAAGUCUGUAGCAGAAUACAUUAGAAGAGGAAUUAAGGGAUAGAAACAGUGGCAGUUGGGUACAGAUCAUGAAGAACCCCCGGGGCUUCCUAUGCUGAAAAUUGCUUCAAGUAGCCUUGUCUCGAAGAAACAAGUGUCAGGGCUUUUAUAUACAUCUUUUGAUAACUGACAAAUGACCUCAUUUUUCACAGAUAACCUUUUCUAGAAUUUCUUAACCCAGGAGCAUUAAGUAUCCCUCCACCUUAACACAAACUGUCCAGCUUCCUGUUAGUGCCAUAUCUAAUUCUACCUUCUGCAUGUACUUUUUUGACUACUGAUGUCGCGACUGAAGAGUCUAAUAUGCCCCUUUCUCCUUCUGCAACAAGCAAAACCCCACCAGAUUCACCAAGCCACUCCAAUAUUCCUCACUCUCCGGUUAUUCUGUUGUUCAUGAGGAAUUGAAAUGGUCAGAGAAGCAUCUGGCUGUGUUAACCUAUUUAAAUGCAAAGCAACAACAUCAACUUCUGAGACCUUCAGAGAACCAUAGCAGACCUUGGCAGAAUAUGUCCUUAGUUUGCACAACUCUUCAAUAGUUAUAUAAUGGCUUUGAGGAAGGGAAGAUUGACGUGAUAUGGUGAAUCCAGAGAGUCUUUCAAUUAAAACUGACCCUCAGAUGAUGGCCACACUAUAACAAGGUCCCAGUUGCCUGGGGGCAAAAACCUUGAGCUAAGCACCAUCCACAGGACUUCACGUUGCUGGCCCCUGCCUUAAACCCGAAGAAGUCUGUAAACAACACUGUGUUUUUUCUUUCUCUUCUGAGUGCAAGAACUAAGAAUAAGGGGUUGGAUCCAGACUUUUAAAGUAACGAGUGGAAAACAUGGACAGCUUUAGAUGCCAAUUUUUCUGCCUCUGGGAAUUUCUGUAGGCUAUAUGGACUAUCUAAAAUAAAAUUAGCAAUCCAAUCCUGAGUUUGAAAAACUAGUAUUUUUAUGUGAAACAGUGCAGAGAUGUGCUGUGACUUAUGGAAAAGGCAAGCUGCUGUUCUUGGAGGCUUCCAGGAGAGAAAAUUAUUAUUUUUUUUGCCAUAAAGGUAGCCUGGAGAUCAUAAAACAGCACUGGAUGGCUGGGUGUGUAUCUGGGUUCACACUUUAUCCACCCCUGAUUUCAAGUCACACUUAGGAGUGUACAUGCCUUAAAGUCCCCUGUUGAUUUAUGAUGUGCUUGUGAAAUCCAUGGACCCACUCAAAUAAAUUGGAUUUAACUUGGCUAUGAUGAACAGAGUCUGGAUCCAACUGAACAUUCAUUACCAAAAUUACAAGGAAGUGGGAGAAAAAAUGUGCCCUUUUCAAGUUCUUUUUGCUAAAUAUUAAGUUAAGUCCAUAUUUUUGUAUCAUUUUGACAAGAAAUAUAACAUUUACAUUUUUAUGAACUUUGAAAGACAAAUCUAUCUUUUUACAGUUUUUCUAAGGAAGGCAAACUCUCAGGAUUGUUUCUAAACAUGCUGCAUGACUCUUGUGCUUUUUUGCCCUUUCCCUUCUUUUUUAAAGGAAACCACUUUUCAGGUGGAGACUAUUGAUACAUUGUUGCCAAACAAAACGACUUUUGAAAAUGUUUGAUAGUGUGUGUAAUCGCAUUUCAUAAGGAACCAUAUUUUCUGAUCAUCUUGCUUUGUAUGGGGAUGUGUCCCCACCCUGAAAAAUCCUUUGUAUAAAAUGUAUACUAUAAUGGCUUGCUUCAGCUUUUCCAUGUGAAUAAAAAGAUACAUCUAUUGUUAA